GAGACAAAAUAUUAUAAAAAUAUUGUGUUUUGAACUUUUGAUAGAGUAAUAUUAUUAAAUAAAUAAACAAUAUAAAUUGUUUAAAAAAAUGGAUGAUUCAAUAUCCGAUUGUACGUGUGGUCAUUCUUAUGAUAAUGAGCAAUUUAUGAUACAAUGUGAUGUUUGUAAAAAAUGGUACCAUGGAGUAUGUGUAUCUAUUAAAGAUUACAUGUCAACAGACCUUGACAAAUAUCAUUGUCCAAGAUGUGAAAGUACCUCUGGUCCAUCACAACAAAAAUUUCGUUUAAAUUGGCAUCGUCAUGAAUAUACCGAAUGUGAUGCUCAUACAAAACCAGUACAAACUGGAACACCAAUAUUCAUUAAGGAAUUAAAAUCACGUCAUUUUACAAAUGGUAAUGAGAUUGUUAAAAAUAUUAGAGGCCAACAAUUAACACUUGAAUAUUUACAAACAAAUGGCUUUGAAACACCAAUAAUAAUUGAUGAAAAAGAUGGUCUUGAUAUGACAUUACCAUCAUCAAAUUUUAGCGUUUACGAUGUUGAAAGUUAUAUUGGUGGUGAUCGUGAAAUGGAUGUUAUUGAUGUUGCUAGACAAUGCAACAUAAGAAUGAAACUUCGUGAUUUUGUGGAAUACUAUAAUGAUCCAUCAAGAAGUAGAAUAUUUAAUGUCAUAAGUUUAGAAUUUACAAAUACAAAAUUAUCAUCACUUGUUGAAGCACCAUACAUUGCACGUCAACUUGAUUGGGUUAAUUCAACCUGGCCUUGUGAUUUACCAAAAGACAGUGAACUAAAACGUCCAGAAAUACAAAAAUAUUGUCUAAUGAGUGUUAAAGAUAGCUUUACUGAUUUUCAUAUUGAUUUUGGUGGUACAUCAGUAUGGUAUCAUGUAUUACGUGGUGAAAAAAUUUUUUAUCUUAUUAAACCAACACCUGGAAAUUUACAAAUGUAUCAACAAUGGAUGAAUAGUACAAAUCAAAGUGAAACAUUUUUUGGUGAUCAAGUUGAUGUUUGUUAUAAAAUAACAGUUAAAAAUGGUCAAACAAUGAUGAUACCAACUGGCUGGAUACAUGCUGUGCUAACACCAGUUGAUUCACUUGUAUUUGGUGGUAAUUUUAUUCACAGUUUAAAUAUACCAAUGCAAAUUAAAAUAUAUGAGCUUGAAAGAAAAAUGAAAACACCAGAAAAAUUUAAAUAUCCUGGUUUUGAAACAAUGAAUUGGUUUGCAGCUAAAAAAUUAUUAAAUGAGUUGAAACAAUUAAAUAGUGAAGAUAAAAAAUGUCCAGAUUAUUUUUUACAUGGUGUUAAAUCAUUGGUGACAAUUUUAAAACAAUGGAAUACUGAUAAAGAUUAUCAUACAAUACCUAGAGGACAAAUACCACUAUCAAUAAAUAGUCAAAAAUUAUUAAAAGAAUUGGGCAAAGAAAUACGUCAUGCUGAUAGAUAUUUAAUGACAAUAAAUCCACCAAAACCAGAAAGAGAAAGUAAACGUAAAAAGAAAAAACCAAUAAAUAAAGAUUUCAUUGAUUUUGAUACAUCAAAUAAAAUUAUUGGUAAUGCAUUAAAAAGUAAAAUAAAUAAAGACGUUAAAAUUCAAGAUGUUACGAAAAAACAACAGCUAAAAACAUGUUUAAAAUUUAAAUUACCAAAAUUACCAAUUGUUGAUAAUGGUUCAUUAAAAAAAAGUGAUAAUAAACAAAAAGAUCCAAUUGAACGUGUUAAAAUAUUAUCUAAAAUAAGUAAAAAAAGUCCAACUGUUAUUAGAUUUAAACUUGGUGAUAAUGAGGUAGUUAGAAGUACCAAUGAAAAAAUUGAUAUUUAUGAAAAUUUUCAUGAUGAGCCAUCGACAAAUGUUGUACAGAAAAAAAGUUCGAUUUAUGAUUUUCAUGAUGGUAGUAAUGACAGUGAUCAUGGUGGUUUUGUCAUUGAUGAAACACCAAAACGUAAAAAAUCUAAAAAUAGUGGACAUAAAAAAUCUAAAAAAACAGAUAAUAUUGUUUUACAUGAUGAUCCACCUAAAAAUGGUAUUGAAGAAUUAUUAAAAGCUUCAGCAUAUACAUUGCCACCAACUGAAGUUUCAACAAUGCUACCACAACCAACCACCACCACCACUAGUUCUGGUAGAUCAUCACCAUCAACAAGAGAAGCCCUAGAAGGAAUGUUAUCAUUUAGUGAACAAUGUUACUCAACAGAAUCAGUUGAUCCUGCUUUAUCUCCGUCCAAAUUAAUUGAGCAAGUAACAUAUCACGAUGAUGAGGAUGAUCAAUCAAUUGAGAAUAUCGACAAGGUUCAUCAAGACGAUGAUUUUAUUUAUCCAGCUCUUGAUGCUUCUGAUGACGAUGAUGAAUAUAUAAUUAAACGUCGUGGAAAAGAAGGAAUCGAUGAAGCAUGGAAUCCAACAGCACGAGUUGGUCCACUUUUACCAAAAAUAAAUAGACCAGCUCGUGAAGGAGUUAAAAAAACAUGUGUUGAAAAAGGCCUUGAAGCAGCUGCAGCUAAAAGAGCCAAAAUUCCGGUUGUAUUAAAAAGAGCAUAUAAAAAACAAAAAAAAGAUAAUAUACCAAGUCCAUCAAAGCCAAUAAUUAAUAGCAUUGUUACUCAACAUGAAAAAAGUACAUUAACAACAACAUCUCCCCUUCAAUCAUCAACCAGUUUUACUUCAAUAUUAACAAGUCCAAACCGAUUGAAAGAUGUCAAAGCUAAACUUGCUGCUCCAGUUCCUAUUGAACGUAAACCACGAAAAGGCAUGAAAACAGCUAAACAACGUCUUGGAAAAAUUUUAAAACUUCACAAAAUGAUGCACUGAAUAUUAACAUUUUUUUUUUUU